AUGAUCCUCUCGGUCAACAUAACGCUCCUUCCUCUGGCUUUUGACUUUGACAGUCCAGGGGACUAUUUCAUUUUUAUAUUUCACAUCUUGGCCGGGGCUAGCACCGUGAUAGUGGCCGGUUCCGUGGCAUGUGGUAUUAUUGGGACCCGUGCACUUUUAAGACAAAAUCGGUUUAUAUUCAUGCUGAACACAAGUAUUUGUGAUACAAUGACCGGCUGUGGUAUUUUCUACCAAUUUCUCUUUGAUGUGCAUGUGGGCUUUCCUUCUAAAAAUGGGACUUAUUACAUUUUGCCAUCGCUUCUUGGAGUUAAUAUCAUGACGUUUCUAUUUGCCCAGUUUGACCGAUAUUUUGCCGUGUGUCAUCCAUUCUUUUAUGGUCGCUUCAUCACCACAAGAGUGAUUAUAUGUAUCAACGUGUAUAGCUGGGUGCAUGUUUACGGUCAGCUGCUUAUAAAGCACAUGGUGCCUCUUUCUAAAGCCAUAGAGAUCGCAAUAUACAGCAGAAUCAGUCUGCUGCUGAUUAUUAUCACGAAAAUAGGCAUGACCAUCAAGUUGCUCUUCGUGGCGAGACACCAGCUGCUGCGAGAGCCGCCGGGCCCGGAGAGAGACAGUAAGAAAGAGUCCUUGUUCAUCAUAGUCAUGGUGGUUUUUUUCUUUGUAGUGUUGUGGAACCCAUCCGUGCUCUAUAUGGUUCUGGCUUCGCUGACGGGGACAUUGAUUGUCAUUAAAAACGACGCUGUAAACCCAAUGACCAUCUUAUCCAGGAGCAACGCUCUGUUUACUCCGUCCCUCUAUCUGUGUGCGAGCCAUUCACUCAGGAUGGCCGUGUGGAAAAUUGUGUGGAGCAAAAUCUGCUGCUGCAAACAACCCAAAAGGUUAGUUGGACCAAUAACAAACUAACACUUGAUCUGGAGUGUUUAAACUUUACAGAGUCUCCACGGAAUAUGAAAACACAACUGCAUUUCAUAUGUAACUUAAAGAAGCAUUCAAUGACAUUUUAAAAGUAAAGUAAAUCAUUUAUAGUAAAUAAUGUACAUCGGAUUUAUUUUGCCAACCCUGCUAAAAAUUAGGAAUAUGCUAGUAAUUUAGGAGGAAACAUUGUGUUGCCUAGAUUAUUAUUAUUAUUAUUAUUACACCUGUAUUUUUCUUGCCAUGAAGCGUAAACAUCACAACCUCUUAUACAACCCUGGUCUGUGUACUAUCUGUGUGUCUAUUGUAUAUCUAUUGUGGAAGUCCUUGACAUGAAAAAGUUUGAGAUUGCUCUCAAAAUCUGUGUGCUGGAUUUUUUUCUAACUUCCUUUUAUGUCCAUCGCUCACUUUAUGCUCCUCUAGGAAGCAGCUGGGCAAAAAAAGUUUAAUAAAUAAAUAAACUUAUAAAUAAAUAAGUAAGUAAAUAAUUAUAAUAGUAUGCAUUUAUAAUAUUUGUAUUGUUCAACACAGGCCAUUUCGGUAGAGACAUUGAAUAUGACUUUAACUUCCGUAAUUAUGUAUGACAUUAUUUUAUAUGUUUGUUUACAUAAUGUUAUGUAUGCAAUUGAGUUGUUUGUAUUAACACUAGGAACUAUGUUUAAGUCUGUGCGGGGACACAUUUAGUUGUGGCAUUUUCCCUCUAAAAGACGUAAAGCAACCGAUCGAUUUUAUUCUCCGCUGAAAAGUUUAAGUUUAAGUUUAAGAUGAUUGCAUUUGAAAAAAAAAAACGAUCUUCAAGUGGACUUAAUCCCCCUCGGCUGUGUACAGCCAGUGAAAUAUGUUUAUUUAGUGUUUUGUUUUGUAGAUUAUAUUUACCAUAGCAUGUUACAGUUUGUGUGUGAUGCGACGGUGGAUUUGAUGACGGUGAUAUUGACUGAGGUGCAAUUAAUAAGUUAUUAAAUCCAUCAGUAACAGAAGAACCACGGUGUCGUCUAUUUCCUGGAGGGAGAGAUAACGACAAUAGAAU